UAUAAAACACCUGAUUGGAGUUGUUUGUAUAGAGGUUUGUGUGAAAAAGAUCAGCAUUCGAUGAGACAUUUAUCCUGAAUUCGUCUCCAAAAGUCAAUAUUGAACUUUGUCAUUAGACUGUGUUCACUUUUUACUUCGUAAGGAGAUUUUCAACACAUGUUACAAUGAAGAGAUCAAUUUUCAAAUAAAUAAUUAAAAUUUUUCGAGGAACUUUAAACUUUUUUCCUGUUCAAAUAAAUUUCGAAGAUGGAGUUGUGGAUGCUAGUGCUUAUUUUCCCACUGCAUUUCGCUUUCGGACAAAUUGUGGAAUAUAGUUUACCAGAAGAAAAAGCACCUAAUACUUAUAUUGGAAAUGUAGCCCAAGAUGCCAACAUCUCAGGCCUAGCACAAACCGAGGACCUAUUAAACAUGGAAUAUCGCAUUUUAUCUCAGUCUAACCCCUAUGCAGAAUUAUUUUCUAUUAACGAGAAGGAUGCCAACUUAUACACAGCUAAGCAAAUUGACAGAGAGACGGUGUGUAAAUUUGAUGAAAAGUGCAUCCUAAAAGUGGAUGUCAUUGCGAGAUCAUCAUCUGGAAACUUCUAUCAGAAAAUUCAACUCAAUCUACAGAUCCUGGAUAUCAACGACAAUUAUCCCAAAUUCUCCAGGGGCAGCAUCGACGUGGAAUUGUCUGAGGGUUCGUCCGUGGGUACGUCCGUGCAGAUUGAGGGUGCGAUCGAUGCCGACACGGGGAUGUACGCCGUACAGAAUUAUGUCAUCUCCCCCAAUGACAGUCCAUUCGAUGUCCACUUUCAGAAGAAUGUAGACGGUAGUUCUAUCGUUAAGCUGGUACUCCGAGAAGCUCUGAACCGCGAGGAUCGGGAGUAUUACCUCAUCCAGGUUCUAGCUCAAGAUGGCGGAAACCCUCCACGAUCCGGCAUUCUCAAUGUCAACGUUUACGUCACCGACGUCAACGACAAUUCCCCCGUCUUUAUCACCUCUAACCUGAAUGUGACAAUUGAUGAAGAUGCUGCAAUCAACUCAACUAUUCUUGUCGUCCGGGCAACUGAUGCAGACAAGGGAAAUAACUCCGUGAUUGUCUAUAGUAUAAGUGAGCGGCAAGAUCUUCGUAUUCAAACUCUUUUUGGAAUCGAACGCUACACUGGACGCCUGCUUCUAAAGGAAUCUCUAAUUUUUGAACCCGGAGAAAGUUAUAAGAUCAUAGUAGAAGCUAGUGAUAGCGCUAAACAACCAAGAAUUUCACAGACCCAGGUUAUAGUCAAUGUUAAUGAUACUCACAAUAACCCACCCCAGAUAACUGUAGACCCUCUUUCCGGUACUGCUGAUGCAGAAAUUUCAGAAAAAGCCAAAUUUGGUGCUCCGGUCUCACAUAUUACCGUUUUUGAUCCAGACACUGGGUACAAUGGAAGGGUUAACUGUUCUGUCGACGACAAAGCUUUCGCUGUACAACAGUUUGGAGAGCCAAGCGGUUAUAAAGUUGAAUAUAAAGUAGUCGUGAAUCAGCCUCUGGAUCGAGAAAAUUUGGGAGUGUACAGAGUGACCGUUCUUUGUGAGGAUGAAGGACAUCCCAAACUGAACGCAUCCGCAACAUUCCAUGUGAGGCUAAUUGACGAAAAUGACAAUUACCCAGUUUUCAGCCAGAAAGUGUAUCAAAUCAUGAAAGCUGAAAACAAUGAAGUUGGCGACGUUCUUUUACAAGUGACAGCCACUGAUGAAGAUACUGGUGACAAUUCAAUGAUAAAAUAUCACUUACAACCUUCCGUGUAUAAUUUUGGGAUAGAUUCUGUUACUGGACUUGUCAAAAUAUUAUUCAAAAUGGACAGAGAAACAGUGAAUGAAUACAGACUAAUAGUAUAUGCCGUGGACCAAGGCGAGGAUCCAAAGACUGGGUCGGCGGAGAUCCUCGUCCAGGUGUCAGACCUGAAUGAUAAUGCUCCAGUCUUUGAAAACGAUAAUUUGAAUUUUAAUGUGCCAGAAAACUUUGGACGUAAUGUCACGGUAGGAGUGUUGUUAGUGUCUGACGGAGACAGUGGUGAAAAUAACCGAGUAUCGUUUUCCAUAGACCCCAAGUCAAAGCCUGGCCUACCGUUUGAAGUAUUCUCCAAUGGCUCUAUGAUUGCUGUAAACAGCUUGGAUCGAGAGGAACAUUCCGCAUAUACUUUCGAUGUGAUCGCAAAAGAUCACGGUGUCCCCUCCCAAUCCACCCGAGCUAAUGUGACCGUUCGAGUCCUAGAUAUGAAUGACAAUGCUCCUGUUUUCAUCUUCCCUACCAUUAAUAACAAUACUGUUACCAUUUCAUACCAAACCCAACCAAACCAGGUCAUUGCGCACCUUAAAUCUAAAGAUUCAGACGAAGGACUAAAUUCAAAAGUCACCUACCUAACCCCUGGAAGAAAUCUCUCCAAUCUAUUUCAACUUAAUACUCUGUCUGGGAGGAUAAUCUUAACAAGGGCCCCCAAUGAGGAAGAUGUUGGGUCCUAUACAAUGCUAGUGUAUGCCCAGGAUAAGGGGACCCCUCCGAAAAUUACCCAGGCCUUUCUGACCAUUGUCAUCAGUAACAUUCCCCUAGAUGGGGCAAACAUAUCCCCCGUGCAACAGGAACACAAGUUUUAUAUCAUUGCUAUAGCUAUCACCUGUGUUACUGGUGUCAUUGCAGUAGUAAUCAUUUUGACAAUUUGUUUAAUUAAACGUGCAGAUCGCCUUAAGAUGAAGUAUCAACAAUCUCAUAAUGAAUGUGAGGUGAACCAAGGAUUCGAACCCAGGAAAAAAGUGAGUUUUUCCAUGGAUGCCCCGGAUUCCCCCAAAGUUGUUACCCACGUGACCUCAAAUCAACUUUAUUCUGCAUUAGCUAACCAGGUGGCCGGUUCCAGUCGUUUGAACUACCAGCCUCGAUAUCACAAUGAAAUGUAUGACAGACAACGGAGUCAAAACACUUCCACUUCAAACAAGGCUUUGCAUAAUACUACUCACGAAGGCGACAACCACAGCAUCAACUCGGCAGAUACAGCGACAAGUGACAGCGGAAGAGGCGGAAGUGACGACAUGAACACUAGUUCCAUGUUUCCUAGUUCUCUAGAUUUUGAUCAAGACAGUAGAACGAGAAGUAACCGCUCAAAUUCAUCCCACCAUGAAAGAGAUAAAUCUAAGUCUCAAACAACGCCACCUAGUGACUUUUUCAAUUUAGACUUUUCUUAUGGUAGUAAUGUGUAUCCAAAUUUAAACAGUUCUUAUCCACACGGACUAGUCCCUUAUAAUACUACCGGAAAUGACGACAGUACCACGACAUCUGGUAGCUAUGUCCUUGACCCAGAAGAAGAAAUGAAAGAGGUCACUCAGCCAAGCAACAGAUGCAUUGUUUGAGCAAUAGUCCAAUAAUCAAAGUGAAUAAUUAAUCAGACAUUAGAGAGGGCGAAAAAACUUGUGAAAUAGAAAAUUGUCCUGUGGAUGGCGUUUUCCAAAGUGCCAUUAAUGAAAAAACGUGAUCAAUCGGAACUGAUAAAAGGUGAGAAAUUUCGCAGAUUCAUAAAAACAGGCUUAAUUCUACAUCAAACAAACGAGAGAGAAGUGUCAGAUUGGAUAUGUGACUAUAGAAAAAGGGACUGUUUAAUAAAGAACAAACUGUUUUCACAACACUGAACUGUUUGUUAAGUGAAAACCAUUUAUCUGCUUGACGUUUAAAGACUUUAUUUGCUCUUUUCAGACAAAUUUUACUCUUGUGUUCCAACAAAGGAAUGUGCCAAAAUGACUUCAAACCAAAGAAAUACUCUGUUUUUUUUUUUUUGUUAUAUUUUCUUACAUUAAACAUAAAAUUCA